CGGCGGACUAUGAGGCGCCCACCAUGGUGCGAUGCGACCGCGGGCUGCAGAUGCUGCUGACCACGGCCGGAGCCUUCGCCGCCUUCUCGCUCAUGGCCAUCGCCAUCGGCACCGACUACUGGCUCUACUCCAGCGCGCACAUCUGCAACGGCACCAACCUGACCAUGGACGACGGGCCCGCGCCCCGCCGCGCCCGCGGCGACCUCACCCACUCGGGGUUGUGGCGGGUGUGCUGCAUCGAAGGGAUCUAUAAAGGCCACUGCUUCCGGAUCAAUCACUUCCCAGAGGACAAUGAUUACGACCACGACAGCUCGGAGUAUCUCCUCCGCAUCGUGCGCGCCUCCAGCGUCUUCCCCAUCCUCAGCACCAUCCUGCUGCUGCUCGGCGGGCUCUGCAUCGGAGCCGGGAGAUUCUACAGCCGCAAGAACAACAUCGUCCUCAGCGCGGGCAUCCUCUUCGUGGCCGCAGGCCUCAGUAACAUAAUAGGCAUCAUCGUCUACAUUUCCAGCAACACAGGGGACCCCAGCGACAAGCGUGACGAAGACAAAAAAAACCAUUACAACUACGGUUGGUCUUUUUACUUCGGAGCCCUGUCCUUCAUUGUGGCCGAGACCGUGGGUGUCCUGGCUGUGAACAUUUACAUUGAGAAAAAUAAAGAGUUGAGAUUUAAGACCAAACGGGAGUUCCUCAAGGCUCCCUCCUCGUCUCCCUACGCCAGGAUGCCGAGUUAUCGGUACCGGCGACGGCGCUCAAGGUCCAGCUCGAGGUCCACCGAGGCCUCUCCGUCCAGGGCAGCAUCUCCGGUGGGCCUCAAGAUCACGGGCGCCAUCCCCAUGGGCGAGCUGUCCAUGUACACGCUGUCCAGGGAGCCCCUGAAGGUGACCACCGCCGCCAGCUACGGCCCCGACCAGGAUCCCGGGUUUUUGCAGCUGCACGACUUCUUCCAGCAGGACCUGAAGGAAGGCUUGCCCGUCACCAUGCUGAACCGGCGGACCACCCCCGUGUGAGCCCCCCUCUCUCUCAGCACCGGCCUCUCCCCAGAACAGCGGUCUCCGUCCCACAGGAGGGCAUCGGACCCUUAGGAUGGACCAACAAUGGACUGAAGCCAAAACCCAACCCUCCCUCGUCUCCAGAAAGUGUCGUGGGCUGGCUUGGAGAUGGGACUUGGAAGCGGAAUGCUGACUCUAUCCCCGCAAAGGGGCGUUGGGUGGCCCAGGAUUCUGAACUCUCUGGAGGCUGCAAGGCCUUGACCAACCUGAGAAAACAGAACUGAGCCAUGAUCUCCUCUUGGAAAUAAUUCUUGCCAGAAGAACGGGCUUUCAGAGUCCUCCCUCGCUGCCUGGGUGAGGGGCCCCAGGAGGGAUUCACCAGGCACCCGGGGACCUUUGGACACUGGUCAGCUGCUGUGUAUGAGAGGGAAUGAAGGAAGCCGAAACUUGCCCCCUUCCUGUCUGUCUCUUGCACUCUCUUUCUCUCUCUUUCUUUCUCUCUCUUUUUUUUCUCUUUGGCAGUAGCCGGUUGUUGAAAUAACAGUGUGUCUGAGGAGAAAGCCCUGUGGCCAACUGGUGCUUGGGCCUUUGUGCUAUCCUGGGGCCGGAUUCCCUCGACCUGAGGAGACCAAGGCCUGUGGAAGAAUCCGCAGUGGAGGCCAUUUACUGGCCUGGGUGUGAGGUAAACCCAGAGUCCAUGGCUUGGCAUUCUGGUCUGCUUCUAGAAGUUUCUGCCUUACGCAAAAAGGGCAGAACACACUGACUGUACUUGAGAGUCUGGAAGGUUCCACAGGUCUGAAGGAAGGUGCCCAUAUGGCCUCUUGCUGUGCCCCUCUCCACACUGACCCUCCUCGGAGCAGCUCUGUUCCUCUUUGGGCAGCGGAAUGGGCAGAUCCCCAUCACCACUGGCGUUGGGUGACAAGAGCUUGAACUUCUGUUCAGGAAAGGGACGUCCGAGGGUGAACAGCGGCCAACACAUUAGAGCAAACAUCCAUUUCCUAAGUGGUUAUUAAUCUCGACUGAUCACAAGUAAAGGCCAGGGAGGGAGUUACAGUCAGUUCUUGGUCGUAAGGACGGCAGCAGCAGCCCUCCCCCACACCCAAUAUUGUCAUUUAUCCUGCCACCGCCCUCAAGGGCUCCGGCGCCAGGGAGUUCGGGCAGUUUGGAUGAAAAGGCCGCGCUGUGCUUUCCUUCCCCCUCACAAGAUGGACAUCUCAGCAUCCGCCACCUUGGUUCCACGUUGGAUGUUUUCUUCCAACCACAACCUUCUCUUCCCGACCCGAGAGGCAAGUGGAGAUCGCAGAAGCGUGUGUGGGUUCUGAAGAUAAACUUUCCGGAACAGGGAGCUCACCCUCUUUUAUAUAAAACACGUGCUUUCUAAAGACAAAUCCUUUCUUACUUUUUGAGACUUGGUCAUCCGAUCUCGAGCGGUCGUCUGUGGUCCCGGUAGCUGUCAUCCUUAGAGGUGACAAGCAAAUUCUUACCUCAGCCACCUGCUCGCCGACCUCCUGGGCCGACUCAGCCUCUAGGAGUUGAGAUCUGGGUCAUGGUCAUCGCCAUCCUCCUUCUCCCCCAGAGAGGGAAUCUCCCUGGGGAGCCCCCACACACCUGACUGCCCGGGAACGCCGGCCAGCUGAGGCGCGGUGUGCCGGGGACCCUUUGCGCUUGCUCGAAACCCCUUCCUCCCGUUGAGGUUGGCUUUGUGUGGUGGUUUGUCCAAGCAUGUGCAGCAGUGAGUGCUGGAGUGUCAGGGCUGGUGGCCUGCCCUGCUGGGGGCCAACCCCGUCCCGUCCCACCCCUGUCCCGACUGCCCUCGGCACCCCAUCCCCCACCUUACCAGGCUCGAAGGAAAGGGGCAACCUCUGGGAACCCAUCACUCAGCAAGGUCCCCAGACUCUUCUGUCGCUUCCCAAAGCAAGGCAGCCAUGCUAUUUCUUCCACAUAAGUCACUCCACACCUGCUGCCCCGGAAGUUUCUAUCAUUUCAUGGAGAAAGCUGUGUUCCAAUGAAUCCUACCUCUCGCCCAGUCCCAGGUAGAGAAUGUGGGACCCACUCUAGGGACCAAGAAAAGAGUAGAAAGAAGUAACAAAGAAAGACGGGAGAGCGGGGAACAGAACAACCUCAGAGCCCCUGGUCUUCACAGCCUUUCUCCCCACCACUCCCCAGGCUCCUGGACCCCCUGCCCUGUCCGCCCCUCUGGCGGCUCCCCGCCCUUCAGCCAGGGCCACCCGGGGAAGUGGGCGGAGCUGGCUCCCUGCCACCUGUCCGUCUGAGACCUGGUGGAGGGGGCUGCGGUGGCCUGUGCCCGCCUCCUCCCAUCCCACCAACCUCCUCAGCCAGCCCCUGUGUGUUUCACCAGUUAAGCACCUGUGAAUCCUGUACCUACUACUGGUUUUGGAUUGUUAGUUCUGUCUUUUUUUUAAUUAAAUAAAAACCUUUUUAAAAUGUU